GGCAGUGGAAUGCAUCAUGUAGACGUGCGUGGUGGUAGAAGUAGUCAUCCAUGUGUGCCAUUUCCUAAACAUGUCCUGGAGCUGAUAGAUUUUCCUCUACAAUUGUCUUUGCAAUCUGGUGAAAAUGGUGCGCAAAUUAAAAUUCCACGAACAGAAACUCUUAAAGAAGGUAGAUUUCUUAAACUGGGAGGUCGACAAUAACUUACAGGAGGUUAAAAUACUACGGAAAUACCAUAUCGAAAGGAGAGAAGACUACACCAAAUACAACAAGUUAAGCCGUAGCAUUAGGGAUAUCGCACGAAAAAUACGGGACCUGAACGAAAAGGAUGGAUUCAGAGCUCACAGUACAGCACUUCUGCUAGAAAAACUGUACACCGCAGGAUUAAUCCCAACCAAACAAAACCUGUCCCUUGUUGAGAGUGUCAGUGCCUCGUCCUUCUGCAGGAGACGACUUCCAACUGUCAUGGUGCGCUUACGUAUGGCCCAGAAUCUGAAGACGGCAAUUACCUUCAUUGAACAAGGACACAUUAGAGUUGGACCGGAAAUAGUAUCAGAUCCAGCAUUCCUCGUCACCAGGAGUAUGGAAGACUUUGUCACAUGGGUGGACUCAUCUAAGAUUAAACAACAUGUCAUGAAUUACAAUGAUGAGAGGGAUGACUUUGAUCUUGUGGUGUAAGAAUCUUCAGAAUCUGGCAGAAUAAUCAGGAUACUGUCAUUGACAUACACAACCAACAACUUUUUUUUCAAUGUGUUUUUUAAUGUAUAUGAAUAAAACUUCGGAAUGUAA